AAACAGAGCGUAAAGUUGCUCUCUCUCUCUCCCUCCCUAUCUCGCGUUGGGAUACACAAUACAAAUAUCUCCGGCAACUGCAAUUUGCCAAUUUCAAGCCAAACUUGUGCUCUCCGUCUCGCCUCUCCUCUCCGCAACUCACUGAUCCGAUAGAAGAAGAAGAAGAAGCAUGAGCUAUUACAACCAGCAGCAACCUCCAGUCGGCGUUCCACCUCCUCAAGGUUAUCCGCCGGAAGGCUAUCCGAAAGACGCUUAUCCGCCGCCCGGCUAUCCUCCGCAGGCGUAUCCUCCUCCUGGAUAUCCUCCGCAGCCCGGUUACCCAGCUCCUCCGCCGCCUUAUGCACCUCAAUACGCUCAGCCACCGCCACAGCAACAGCAGAACAGCAACGCCGGUUGCUUGGAAGGCUGUUUGGCCGCUCUGUGCUGUUGCUGCCUACUGGAUGCCUGCUUCUGAGUGAAGAAAUGGGAUGAGCAAUUGGACAUAAUGGUGCAGAUGGAAGAGUUAUAUUGUGCCCCUUGAAAUUUGAUUGAGAUUGAGAUUAAGCUUUGGAUUUAUUUUCGGUUUGUGAAGAAAUUUGGGUCUUAAUUGUUUGCAUUUUGCGCAGUGGCCUCUGUUCAGUCUAUGUCCUACCUAUCCUAUCCUAUCGUGUUUGCAGACAAGUCAUUUCUGGGAUCAGCACCCUUCUACCGAAUCUUUUCCCCCCCCCUGGUUUUCCAAUUAGCUAUUUCAUGCACAUUCGCACCUUCCCUAAUCUGAUAUUUUGCUGGGCAUUCAUUAUCUAAUCGCUUUUGCAGCCCCAGGGAUCUUUAUUCGUUUAACGUAAUGGCUGUUAGAGGGAGAGUUGUAGGUAAUUGAUAACAAUUUUUUCAAAUUUUUUGCUGCUGUGAUAUUAGAUUAUUAUUAGUUUCCCUAGAAAUAUCAUAAUCAGAGGUUCCUUGAGAAA